AUGACUGUUAUCGAUAUCACAUCUCAGGACCAAUUCACGGAACUUACUACGGAGAAUGUACAUGGUAAACUCAUUAUCCUGUAUUUUCACACGUCUUGGGCAGAGCCAUGCAAAACGAUGGGUGCAGUUGUGAGUGCGUUGAGCGAAGAACCUGUCAACAAGGAAGUGCUAUUCUUAGCUGUAAAUGCUGACGACAACGCCGAGAUAGCAGAGCUAUUUGAGGUUUCUUCCGUCCCUUAUUUUGUGCUAGUCCGAAAUGGAACCAUUUUGCAAGAGAUCUCGGGUGCUGAUCCCAAGGAAUUCGUAAAAGCGCUCAGCAGAUUCAAUGGUAGCCUCGCCUCCUCCAGCUCACAAACAGCCCCACCUGCUGGUCAGACAGACUCAACCACCGAAGGGAACGAGGAAGAUGACGGAGAAGAGGAAACUGAAGAAGAAUUGGCAGAAAGAUUGAAGAAACUAACAAAAGCUGCACCUGUAAUGCUAUUUAUGAAAGGUACUCCUUCGGAACCCAAGUGUGGGUUUUCGAGACAAAUGGUUGGUAUCCUGCGCGAAUACCAAGUGAGGUUUGGGUUUUUCGAUAUUCUUAAGGACGAUUCGGUCAGACAGGGCCUGAAAAACUUUUCGGAAUGGCCAACUUUCCCUCAGCUAUACAUUAGCGGUGAGUUCCAGGGCGGUCUGGAUAUCAUCAAAGAGUCUUUGGAGGAGGAUCCAGAGUUUUUUCAGCAUGCAAUGAGCACGUAA